AUGGAAAGAAAACAGAGAAAAGAAGAAAUCGGCAACGCAGAGGGGAAAGAGAAAGAACAGAAACGAGUAAGGCGAAUGAUCGUGCUGCCGCUGUCACACACACACACACACACAAACCUCCAAUACCCCUCCAAUUCCUCUCCCCCCGAACAAGUAAAACGACAGUUAUUUUCUACUACUCGAUAUAUUUUUUUUCCUUUCGUUCUGUUUGCUGUAACACAUACAUUUUGA